GUUGUAGCCAUUCUACAGUAAGUACAGCAAGAUCCUUUGAGAAGAAGCAAAAGGAGGAAAAAAAGGUAGUAGAAAUCUAUUUGUGGAUGUUCGUCAGAGUACCUGCACCAAUGACAGACAGGCUUUCCUCGAGAAACAAAUCAUGACAACAAACACUGCUGUUCAGAGGAGCCAGAAUCUCCCCAAAAGACGCCUAGAAAGAAUAGGGGAGUGUCCUGCAAAACGAAAAGCUAGCUGGGGUAUUCUGACCAGCCAAGGUUCUUGGGCAGAUCGCUCACCUCUGCAUGAGGCAGCCAGUCAAGGACGUCUUCUUUCUCUAAAGACUUUAUUGUCACAGGGGUACAAUGUAGACUCACUAACAAUUGACCAAGUAACUCCGCUUCAUGAAGCCUGCCUGGGAGAUCAUGUUGGAUGUGCAAGAAUCCUUCUUGAAGCAGGAGCAAAUGUAAAUGCUACAACAAUUGAUGGAGUGACACCUUUAUUUAAUGCAUGUUCGAGAGGCAGCGCAGCAUGCGCUGAGCUCCUGUUGGAGUACGGUGCCAAAGCCCAGUGGGAGUCCUGCCUUCCAUCACCAACUCAUGAAGCAGCCAGCAGAGGUCACAGUGAAUGUCUGGAGGUACUGAUAUCCUGGGGUAUAGAUGUCGAUCAAGAUCUUCCUCAUCUAGGAACACCUCUGUAUGUAGCAUGUGUUUCACAGCAGAUCCAUUGUAUUCGAAAGCUUCUUUAUGCAGGUGCCAAUGUGCAGAAAGGGAAGCAUUUGGAAACUCCACUCCAUGCUGCUGCCCAGCACUCUAGUACAGAGAUCAUAAACUUACUUCUUGAAUUUGGUGCAGACAUAAAUGCCAAAAAUACAGAUUUUGAGAGGCCUGUUGAUUUAGCUGCUCCAAGCAGUUUAGUGGAGAGACUGCUGCUCCUCCAUGAAGCCACACCAUCUUCUCUUUGUCAGCUCUGCCGGCUAUGUAUCCGAAAUUACAUAGGAAGAGCUAGACUGCAUCUUAUCCCACAACUGCAGUUGCCAACAAUACUGAAGAAUUUCUUACAGUAUAGAUAACACAGUAAUUAACCUUUAGAAUAUUGAAUAACAAGUAUUUUUUCUUCUUUCUGUUUAUUGUACAUUUUCUCUAAAGAGCGGCUGGGUGGAAAAAAAGCCUUUUGCAUAUUACUUAAAUAUAUAUAUAUAUCUUUGACACCUGGUGUUGGUAUAUAAUAAUAAUGGGGAGCCAUUCAGCAACUGGUACCAAGGUGCUAAUAAGGCUGAAUUGAAUAAGUGUGCCGAUACUCUGGGAAGUUAUUAUAUAGCUUUAGCUUAACACUUACUAAAUAGCUUUAGUGCUGUUAAUUUUAGUUGUAUUUAUACUUUUAAAAUGUUUGACACACCUCAACCACAAAGAAUUUCUUCAUUAUUAUUUGUUAACUUUGUCCAUUUGGAGUCAUUAUUUUAUGUGUUUUUAAAUUUCUAUUGUUUGUGUGCCUAAAAAUACUUGUUGAUAGGUACACUAUAUACAUUGAUAAAAAUAAAACAAAUACAUGCCAAUUUUUCUUCUUUUUCUUUAUAUAGACAAUUCAUUAAUGACAGUGAGAAACUUCCUUUAUUCUUCCACACUCCCUGUGCUAUGAAUUGGAAUUAUGCUGCUGUGAAC